CUAGAUAGUAUGCCUUAAUCACUGGAGUACAAAAGUAUUAUAUUGGUUUAUAAAAACUUGGCAACGGCCAACGCGUCAGAGCAGUUUCUCGCGAUUUUGCAAAGUGCUGGUUGCUUGUUGUGUGCAAAUUAACGGAAUUUCUACUUCUACUGAAAAAUUUGAAACAAUGAAAAUUGAAUUACUGGCAUGCCUGUGCCUGUUCGCGUUUGCAGAGGCUUUUAUAGAGCCUGCUGCCGAUUUGGGGCGAAUUCAAAAUCGCAUCGUAUCAGGUAGCCCAGCAUCGUUAGGACAAUUUCCCUGGCAAGUAAUCUUGAAAAAAGAUCCAAUUGAAGAUUUGCUAUGCGGCGGUUCAAUUAUCGCAGCAAAUUGGGUACUCACCGCGGGACAUUGCACAUAUGGCCUAUCGUCUAUAUUCAUCAUGUUCGGCACUGUACUACUUAAUAAUCCGAAUGCAUUGAAUAUGACCUCAACGCAAUUGUAUAUAAAUCCGAAUUAUAAUGGUGAAACACUAAAUAAUGAUGUAUCAUUAAUACAGCUACCAACACCUUUGACAUUCAGCAAAUACAUACAACCAAUACAAUUGGUGACAAAUAAUGAUGCGAAUUUCAAUUUUAUCGGACAAGUUGCGACAAUUGCCGGUUUCGGUUUAACCGACGAUGACAAUCUGGAUUCCUCUAAUAUUAUGCUAUAUGCGCGUGUGCAGAUUAUCAAUAAUAGUCAGUGUGCAGAUGUAUUUGGUACCAGCGUGGUCAUACCAUCGACUUUAUGUGCUAAGGGUGAAAAUGGCACGGACAUGUCGAUUUGCAGUGGUGACUCUGGUGGACCACUAAUAACGCGCGAUACGAAUGGCAACUGGAUGCAGAUUGGCAUCAAUUCAUUUGUGGCACAAGAUAUGUGCACUAUGAUGUAUCCCUCGGGUUAUGCGCGCUUAACCUCAUUCUUGGGCUACAUUUCGCAGGUGACUGGUAUGGAUUUCAAUAGUUAUUGAUAGUGUGCUUAGACUUGAGUUAUAAAGUGAAUAAAUUACGCUAUAAUUUGCAAAAUAA